AUGUCACGUCUGUGUUUUAAGAAAGGCUGUGAACUCGAAGUUCAGUAUAUAUGCCAAACUUUCUCUGCAGAAAUCUACUCUUGCAAAUUGCAUCUUGAAGAGCUACUUAAAUUACCCAAUCGAGAUCAUAUGAUAGAUUCUAUUCUCAUAGACCAUUAUGAAUGAACUAAAGAUGCAGUUCUUGAGUAUCUUGAAAAAGAAAAGUCUAAGAAAGAGUAUUUGAAGGAGGUAUUCUUUAAUACUUUUAGAAAAGAACUUCACAGAAAAGGUAUUGAAGAGACGCUAAGAAAACUAGAUUCAGAUUUGGAAGAAUUUAAAAGGUUAAUUGAAAAAACCGUUCAAGCUGAUAACUCAGACCUGUUCAGUAGCGUUAAGCAAUUUUGCGAAUUGAGCAAGCUAAGAACUAAAAUAUCUGCUGUCUUAGCCAGGCCUAACAGUGCACAAGCAGAAAAAGAUUUUAGGAGAACGGUCUCCGUUUAUGAAAAUAAGACUCUUGACCCAUUAAUUGCACAAGCUUAUCAAGAAUACGUCAAAGUUUACCAUCAAGCCACAUCUCUUUAUCGAGUUACUUCAAAUGAUGAUGGAAAAAAUAGUUUGCUUAUUUAUGACACUGAAAAUGAGAAAGAAGAAGAAAAAGAGUUAAAAAUUCCAUUAAAAUUAAAUUCUGAAAAAAUGAUUACAAAACUACCAAAUGGCGAGUUAUUUUGUUUUUCUGAAUCAAAUCCAGUUAUAAUUGACAAAAAUUAUGAGUUCCGAGUCCUUCCAGCUGGAGAUCCCAAUUUCGAAAUCGCUAUUUAUUUUGACAGAAACGUCUAUUGUUUUGGGCCAGAGAAUGAUUUUGGAGGCCGGUGCAGUAGAUUUGAUAUGGAUUUAUAUUGUUGAAGGAAAAUAAAUCCGACUGUAGGGGAAGAUUCUAGAUAUCAUGGAGUAUUAUUUAAUGGUAAUAUUGUGAUUUCUGGAUAUUGAUACAGAAAUCUUAAGCUAUAUGCAGUUGGAAUCGACUCUUGGUCAAACAUUGAUUAUAAAUUUGGGAAUGCUAAAAUAAAGACCAUGAUAAAUGCAAAUGAUGAGAGACUAUAUGUUAUUGAGACUCGUGGGUCUAUUUAUGAAAGUGAAUUUGGAAAUGAGUAUAGUUGGCAGCGCUUAGCAAAAUCAAUUAUUACCGGAAAUUACAAUUGCAUUACUUGCUCAUAUAAUAAAGGAGGAUUUUACAUCUUAAAUAGCAUAUGAUCUUGUAGAGAAUAUUGCAAAUUUAAUUUAGAUCAAAAAGUGUUUAUUGAGCUCGCUUACUAUGAUAAACAUGUAGCUUUUAGAAGGGUAGGUAAAAUACUUGAAGCAAUUGAAUGCUCUAACCAAAAUUUUAGCAUUGACCCUAACGAUGUGCUUCUUUACAACAAUAAAGAGUACUCUCUUUAUUAUUUAGGAAUAAACCUCGAAAAAAUAGAGCUCUAUAAUGAAGAAAUCGAAUUCAAUGCUGAAACUUACAAUAAUAAAGGCAAAGCCCUUUAUGCGAUUGGAAAAAAUCUUGAAGCAAUAGAGUGCUAUGACCAAGCAAUCAGACUAAGCCCUAGCGAUUUUAAUAUUUAUGAUAAUAAAGGACUUGCUCUUCAUGCUAUGGGAAAAAAUCUUGAGGCAAUAGAAUGCUACGAUUAUAAAGGCAAAGCUCUUUGUGCCAUCGGAAGAAAUCUUGAAGCAAUAGAGUGUUAUGACCAAGCAAUCAGACUAAGCCCUGGAUAUUACAAUCUUUACAAUAAUAAAGGACUUGCUCUUUAUACUAUAGGAAGAAAUCUUGAAGCAAUAGAAUGCUACAACAAAGCGAUUAAGCUUUAUUCUUAUGAUCCAAAUGUUUAUUUUAAUAAAGGUUGUGCACUUCAGGAUUUAGAAAACUAUCUCGAAGCACUAGAGUGCUAUGACGAAUCAAUCAGACGUGAUAAAAGGAAGCAUGUUUCUGUCAGUGGAAUCUCUGUGUAUGCUAAUAGUAAAGGCAAAACUCUUUAUGCUUUAGGAAGAAAUGUUGAAGCAAUAUAGCUUCAGUCCCAUUUUGGCUAGUUUAGGAGCUUUGCCUAUUAAAUAGACAAUUUUUUUUGGCACUGACAAAUCCAGAUUAUAGCUCAUAUUUGUCAAUUUUUAAUUAGCCUUUUUAUAAUAAUUGGCAUUUUUACGUAUUUAAUAGAUAUAAGUAUUACUGCUAAAGAAUGUAUAAGGAGUCUUAAGCUAUACAGAAUUAUGACGAAGCACUCAAUCAUAAUUUUUGAAAUGCUGAUAUUCAUGACAAUAAAGGCAAAGCCCUUCAUGCUUUAGGAAGAAACUCUGAAGCAUUAGAAUGCUUUGAUCAAGCAAUUAAAAUUGAUUUUUAUUGUGAUUCUGCUUACAGAAACAAAGGCAAUGUUCUUAAGGAUGCGGGAAAAUAUCUUGAAGCAAUUUAUUCCUAUAAUGAAGCAAUCAAAAUUAAACCAAAUGAUAUUUUGUAUCUCUGCAGCCGUGCUAGAGCACUUAAGAAACAAGGGUGGGAAGCAGAGAAUUAGGAUUAUUAAAGUCAGGAGUUAGCCGUAUUGGUGGCGUAGUCACCAAAGACCUCCUGUACGGGAGGUUCUACCGCUUUUCGACUCCAGCCCAGAGGGUCUAUCCCUCUUCCCUUCCGGUACCUUCUGUCUCCUCCUUGCCUUGAGACUUCAGUCUUUAAAUGCUUAUGGAUUUCUGCGGCCCUGCUACUGGCGAUUGGAGUCGCUUGAUUCCUUGAAUCAGCUCCUUGAAGUCUACAGGGUGCCAAAGUGCCUUUCUUCAACAGCUACAGGAAAAAGACAAUCCGUGUGGCCUGUGCCGAAACUCCCAGUUUCUCGGUAGAGGAAUACCUAUUAUCCUUGAAUCCAAAGGACGUUGCUGAGCACCUCUGUUUCCAACUACAGGAAAGCACCCGAAACCUACCCAGAUGCACGCCUCUUGAGCCUGCACUUGAUUCUCGGCUCGGAGUCCAUCACAGUUCGCUACAGCUAUAAGGUCUGGACUGCUGCGCCAAGAGUGCAGGUUGACACGUGUCGCCAUUUUAUGUAUCUUUGGCUGAGCAGCAGAGGCUCUACAGGAUUUUAAUAGGGCUUGUGAAUUGAUUCAAGAAAGCAGGACAAGUGGGAUUUUUACACGCAAUCAAUGAGACGUUAAUGAAAGAAAUUUUAUUAAGGAUGAAUUAGAAAUCGAUCGUAUCGAGUUACUUCAAAAACUGCAGAAAAGUCAAUAG